AUGAUUACCUACUGCCUGAUCAGCGAUCAAUUUAUAACCAAAUUCGCCUAUGAAGAGUACCAGACUCCAACUGCCCUGGGCCAGUCUCUGAUGGUGGUGCCACGUGCUUCAGCCGUUGUGCCUGCCCAGACUAAUGCAGAGCCAGUCGCAAUCCAUGCCAACCAUCACAACAUGGUUAAAUACACAUCAAGGGAAGACAGCGGAUACAAGACCGUAUUAAGACACCUCAAGGACAUGGCAAAUGACGCUAUCAAGCAGAUUCCGCAGCGCUGGGAGGCAGAGAAAAGAUCUAACGAGGGUAGGCAGUCUUAGACCGC